AUGCUGACGCUGGUAGUUUUCAUCGGCAUUGCAGCCGGUGUCAUGGUGUUUGUGGGUUCAUUGCUAGCGGUAUUCAUGCUACUUCGCCACGGAGGGUCUUUUAAGCGCAUGGAGCAGGAGGCGGUGGGGCUACCGUCAAUUAUGGGUGAGGAAAAGCCACUGUUGUACGACGAGCUGCUGGAGAAAUCGAAGAUGCUGAGCACUCGUCCACCGACUUUAGGACACGAUAAAUUGCUGGAGGGAAAGAACGUCUGCAUAAGGGACUUUUCAGUAUCGAGAGAUGCUGUUAAUCUCUUUGCCGUCUCGAGUGGGGAGCCACGCGGAGGUAUUUUUCGAGAUAUAACGUUUGAUGCUGACGAGAUGAUCUGGAAAUAUCUUCCGCAUGGGCCCUUCGCGUCUGUGGCUGAUUUCAAGAAAUUUUACUCAAAGGAAAAAGAAAAUGCUCGUCACUUUGUGCUGGCGCAUCGAGAGAGUAAUCAGCCCAUUGGAAUGGUGACGUUGGGUAAACACUCGCCGAAAAACCUUCGCAUCGAGUUAAUGCACUUGUGGCUUUCUCCGGCUUUUCAGGGCACGACCGCACUGACAGAGGUUGUACUACUGCUGUUAAAGUAUCUGUUCGAUAAUGGAUACCGUCGCGUAGAGUGGCGAUGUGACGGGCACAAUGUUCGUGCUCGACGUGCUGCUCACUCGUUGGGCUUUACUUUCGAAGGUGUGAUGCGGAAGCACCGGAUCAUCAAAAACUGCAACUGUGACACAGUUGUCUUUGCUGCUAUUAACAGUGAAUGGGGGAUCAUGGAGGAGCAUUUACAACACAAGCUUCGGCAAGGGCUGCAAAAAGAAGAUGCAAGUGAAAAGACUGAAACGAAAAAGACACGAUAA